AUGUUUGGGUGUUUGCCGUCUGGGUGUACACUACUUAUUAGCGAUUCGUCUGGUGUUAACGGUGGAGGCAGCGGCUGCGCAGCAGCAGCAGCAGCUGGAGAUGUGGCAGCAGCAGCAGCAGCAGACAGAGACACGGAUAUAUCAUCCCGCUAUAGAAUGGCUGACGAGGUGUAUGAACAGCGCGGAGAUUCAAUGAGGCGCUUCCUUAGAAACCUGCAAAGCAGCAAGCCAGAGCUUUUUCAGCAGCAGCAGGAGGAAGAGCAGCAACAGCAGCAGCAGGACGAGCAGCAGCAGGAAAAUGAGGAGGAGAUCCGUCAGAUGUUCCCUAUUGGCUCGAGGUGUAUGUUAUCAGGUGAUCGUCGCGGUUGUGUUGUUUUUGUGGGUGCGCGACCCUCGCGCCCCAACGGCGAAGUUUGGAUAGGCGUGGCUUUAGAUGAGCCUCUGGGUUUGACAGACGGGAGGGACUUUCGUUUCGGGGGUUUGCAGCCAGCAGCAGCAGCAGCAGCAACUGCAACAGCAGCAGCAGCAGCAGCAGCAGCAGCGGCAGGCCGCAAAUUGGUAUUCAGCAGCAAAAGGCUUUUUGAGUGUUCUGGAGAUAAAUACGGAGAAUGGGUAAAACCCAAAGAGGUGACAGUCGGAGACUUCCCUCCUCUAGACCCUUUCGAUUUAAUCGAUGAAAUCUAA